AUGAAUAACAUUAAUUCUAAUUGUUUAACGAUAUUUAUUGUCUUUACAUUUAAUUUUCAACAGGUAUAUCCACAAUUAUUGAAUAUUUUAUCAACAAUUCCCAUUACAUCACAUUCUGGUCCACAAAGAGUUAGUGAUAUUGAUGGGAAGGUUCUCCAUUAUCCUGGUUCUCGUUCUAAAAGGUGGUCUAAUAAUUAUAUGGGAGGUUCCUCUGACUGGAAUGGUCUUUUAAUAAAAUCUGGAAUAUUUAAUGAAUAUGAUAAAAAUUCUAUUGUUAAUACACAUAAUACACUUCGAGCUCUGUUACCAUCAACAAAUAUGAGAAUGUUAUAUUGGUCUGAGGAGUUGGCAGUCAGUGCUCAGAAACAUGCUAAUACAUGUGAUUUUAGGCAUUCCAGAGGAAGAAGAAAUGUUGGUGAAAAUAUUUGGGCAUCACCAUGGGGUAAUUGGUCAGAUGCUGUUCCAAGAUGGUUUAAUGAGGUUUAUGAUCCUAAUUGUAAAUGUCAACAUGCCUAUAAACAUUGUUGUGGACAUUAUGUUCAGACAGUUUGGGCUGAUACGAAUUUGGUAGGAUGUGGUUUCGCACAAUGCCGAGAUGUUCAGGGUGUAUUUGGACGAGGACAUCAUUAUGUUUUUGUAUGUCAUUAUAAUCCACAAGGUAAUUUAUAUUAUGUUACUGGAAAUGGUGGCAUGUAUACAAUACCAGCUUUUAAAUGGGAUGUUAAUGGUAAAGGACGAUGUUCUGAAUGUCCAAGUGAUGCUCCUGAUUGUUAUAAUGGACUUUGUUAUAAAGCCAAACCGAAUGAAAUUAAUUAUACUAAUAAUAUCAAUACUACUUCUACAAUAAUAAAUUCUGAUAUUUCUACUACAACAAUAACAACUACCACUGUAACAUUAGAUCCAGAAAAUGAAAAUGAUAGAGAGAUAGAAGAAGAGUCAACAACAGAAUUAACGACAAUAUCUUCCCCACCACCAUUUUUUAAUGGUCGACAAUUUAGAAAAAAUAGAAUACGUUCUAAUUCAAAUAACAGAGAAUAUUAUAGAAGAAGAAACAAUGAAAAUAUGAUAAGACGAUUUUAG